ACACAAUCAUGUGUUUUCGUUGCGCGCUGCCAUUCACGUCUUUAUCAGAGGGAUUUUGUGAUGUACGAUGAAGAUUACGAUAAAAAACACCGGACAAAAGGGAAGGGUGCACAUCUUUAUGCCACUGAGGACACACAUACAUGUAACUGUUCAGUCGGAACUCAGUAGACAGCCGGAGUUGCGGACGCCAUUACGAUCAAAUCUGUCCUAGCCUAGAGUAGCAGAGAUCUUUAAGAACCAGCCAACUUGAGUGGUUACAUCUCUAUCAGCCAACAUGAACGUGGUCCUAGGUGUCCUGUGGUUGACUGUGAAACUCCUUGGCAUUUUGGUCUGGUCUUGGAUAAAGUGGCUUCUUCCGUCUCGGAAGAAAUCUCUGGAGGGUGAAGUUGUUCUUGUGACUGGUGCUGGAAGCGGUAUUGGGCGUCUCAUGGCUCUCAAGUUCUCUGAGAAAGGGAGUACUUUAGUGUUGUGGGAUGUAAAUCGCCAAGGCAACCAAGAGACUGCACAAAUGAUCAAGGAUGCAGGAGGGAAAGUCAGUUGCUACAGAGUAGAUGUCUCCAAGAAUGAAGAUGUCAAGCAAGCUGCAAGGCAGGUCAAGCAAGAUAUAGGAGAAAUUUCUAUGCUGGUCAACAAUGCUGGUAUCGUCAUUGGCCGGACACUAUUAGACUUGACUGAAGAACAAUUCACUAAGACGAUGGCAGUGAACGCCAUGGCUCAUGUCUGGACUCUGAAGGCCUUCCUUCCAGACAUGAUGAAGCGUAACCACGGCCACGUAGUGACCCUAGCUAGCGUCGCUGCCUAUCAAGGUCUACCCAAGAUGGCAGACUACUCGGCCAGUAAGAGUGCUGCUCUCAACAUCCAUAAUGCUGCUAUGCGAGAAGUCAAGAUGGAAGGAGUGGAUAAUGUUCAGUUUACGGUCGUCAAUCCUUACCUCAUCAACACAGGGAUGUUUGAGGGGGUCAAAGUAGACAAUGACAUAAUAAUGCAAUCCCUUGAACCUGAAUAUGUCGCUGAACGCAUCUUACAUGCUGUGCAGACCAACCAGGAAGUUUUGUUCUUGCCUCGACUGAUGUAUUUCGUUCUUGGAUUGCAACCAUUUUUACCAGUCAACUGCUUCUUGGAAAUUGAGAAAUUCUUCAACGUUUGGGGAGCUAUGGAUGCCUUUGUCGGCAGGAACAAGGGAAAGUAAAUCGAGAUGCAGGGUCCGGUCGGGUCUGUGUACUCUCACGGCUUCUAUGUGUACCUCUAGGACCCCGAUUCGUCCCCGGGUCACAAGGAUUUGGUGUUCAGUCCAAACCUGACUGCAUGAGUUUUUUUUCCCAUCAAUAUUAAGCCCGGUACAUACUUCCUUCGAAUGCAAAUGCAAUACGAAUUUCGACAUCACAAAUUUCGCAACGGAUAAUUCACUUCAGUUGAAAUGAGCUCAACUCCUGCGAAACAUUCACAGUGAAAACAUUUCUGUGAUGCCAAAAUUCCUAUCGCAUUCGCAUUGGUUGGAAGUAUGAACUGGGGUUUCUAAAACUGAAACUUCCUGUGUUGUCUUCUCAUGAUUGGAUUCUUGGCCAGUACAGUGAUUAAGUUCUCUUUUAUGUGAGUCCUUCGCUUCACAAACAAAAAUAAAUAAAAUAAAAUAAUAUUAUGCAAUCACAAUAAUAAGUGCAAAGAAAAUGAACGGGUUGAUCUUUCUCAGGAACACAAGUAUAGAAAUAAAUCAAAUUACAUCAGGUGAAGAAUGUUUCCAGGGUUAUAAGAGACCAUGAUGUUCUGAUCUUGGAAAUGGUUUACAAUAAGGGAACAAAAGAGUAGGAGACAAGAUUUUAGGUCCUUUAUCGCACAUCCCUACAAGGUUUUAAAUUGAUAACACUGAAACUGCUUUUUUAUUGAAAAAAAUUAUGAAAAAAAACAUUUGAUGCAAAGACCGUUCCAAAUAAUAUAUAAUUAGAAUAUAGUUCAGUAUGAAUUAAAGUUAUUUAUGUUCAAUUUAAGAACGGUGUAAAUACAGGGUAAAGAUCAGGUCCUUGGUCUUGUCAAAACAUUAGAAUUAGCACUCAAGAAAAUCAGUGCGUUUAUAAGUGUAUGAUUGUGGAAGAAUAAAGAAAUUUGAAGAAAACUGCUUUGAAAAAAAAUGUCUGGUUUUGUUUAUUUUCCCCCGUUGUUUUGUUCAAUCUUGUAACUUGAAAAGAGUUCUCAUGACAACACAAUAUCUUUGAUCUUAAAGACACUGGAAAAUUCCUAAUUACUCAAAAUAAUUGUUAGCAUAAAAA